UGCCUCCUGAACUGGGAGUUUGAUGUACACGAAGACAAUUUAACUUUUGCUUUUUAGCUGUAAAAUCAGACAUCUGAUGAAGAUGAAGUGGAGAAGUUUGCUCUGUCUGUUGACCUGUUUGCUGAUGCAGAAUUUGGUCUAUGGAGAUGAAGAAAUUUCUGUGAAAAAGAAUGGUGAUCAAUUUGUUUUUACUUGUGCAAAGGGCACUUGGCACCAUGGAAAUGCCUCAAACACACUGAGUUUAUCCUACAAAGAUGGAAAGUCUGGAGACUAUAAAUGUGGACCGGAGGAAAAUUAUAUAACAGUUACAGUUAAAUUCAGAACUUGUGAAAGCUGCAUUGAACUGAACGAAUCUUCCUUGUCUAUAGUCAUUGUCGGGAACCUUUUGGCCACCUUUUUUAUCGCCUAUGCAGUUUAUAGCAUUACCGGCCAGCCAAAAAACAAAAGCUUCUCUGGCAACAAAGCAUCAGAUAAAGUGAAUUUACUCAAUGGAGAACAAGACACAUAUCAGCCACUGAAUCCUGGUCAAUCUGCGGAAUACAGUAGGUUGAAGGGAGGCAGAAGGGCCUGAUCAUCAUCAUUAUCAUCAUCAUCCUCAGCAGCAGCAGCAGCAGCAGAAGCAGCAGCAGCAGCAUCACUUUUUUUGACACAUCUCCUAAAAAUACAUUGUGCGUAUGCUUACUUUUUUAUCUAUGUUCAUAAGUUCGUAAGGCUAAAAUACCUUGUUUGUCCUAUUUGCGUGUCCUGUUUAUUAAUAUCAAUUAUGCAGAAAUGACAAUAUAUAAAUAUUAAUGUACUUCUAAAUGCAUAAACCUUACUUGUAUAUAGAUAUUAGGGAACAGCUUUGGAUAACAUUGUAAGCUUAUGUAACGAGUGGAAUGAAUUAUUUUAAUCAGGUUCAAAAGAUCAACAAAAACUGUUUGAUCAGCUUCUGUAUGAAAGUUUUUGCGCUAUUUGUUCACUUCGUGAAGAUGAAGCAAGGUUUUUCUUGCAAAACAAGCUGUCUUGAUUAGCUUGGUGCUUUAUGAUGUUAAUGCCGGAAGCUAAUUAGUUAGAUUUGAUAAAUUGUUUAGAAUCAUUUCUGCUGAUUAGCAUGAUUUAGCCAGUAAGCCAUCAAACACUUUGGGUUAUGCUGUUAGCAUAGCACGGUUCGAGUGGACUUCCACAUGUAAAGAGGUUUAGCAUUGUUAGUGAAGUGGGGAGGUAAUGUACAUUCAAAGCAGACUAAAAGAAGAGGUACUUCUGUUAAGAACAUACCAAAACAGUGUUUAUUUACCCCAUGGCUAGUUGGUUCUAUUUUUUCUGAAGAGAAAUACCAGCAUAGAAUUUUUAUUGCCACAAAAAUGCUGUGCUAUACUUUUAAACUCAUGCUUAGAACUUUAUCCCCUCUCACCAAGUCUAGAUUUUAACAUGCAAUUGUUAACCUCAGUGCUAUUGUUAGUGAAUGAUGCUAACGCUACAAGGCUGCAUACAAGAAUUAUUUGAUUUUUAAUAUUUAGUAAGCUAGUGUAAUUAUAUAAAUAGAGUAGAUAGGUUAACUUGAAUAUCAUUUGUAUUUACUUGUUUUUCUGUAUUUUAUAUUCUUCCUCUGAUUUGCUCUUAUACAUACUCUUCUUGAAGAAAAAAAGUAUUUUAACAACGCUACCUGAGAUUUUAUGGCUUUAAUUACAAUUAUUGUAAACUGAAAGCUUUUUUUGUGAUGCUUUUAAAUAAAAUUGAAAAAAA